AUGGGGAGGGGACCCCCGUGUUGGGAAAAACAGGUGGACGAUGGGAAAAACACCGAGUACCACAAUCUAGAAGAACUGGAGGGAAGAAAAAAAAUGAAUGUUCAAGGGAAGAACAAAAAGGGGAAUACGCACUACAAUGAUAAGAAGGAAUACAUCGAGAAGGUAAAGCGGCUUAAGGAGAAGAAAUAUUUUGGAAAUAAAACGAUAGGAAAUAAGUACAGCUAUAUAUAUUUAAUAAAUCAAAUAUUCGGAUCAGGAAUUGUGUCCAUCCCAUAUGUGUUCAAAAGUUCAGGAUGGCUACCUUGUCUAAUCACAAACAUACUCAUAUGCGUCUUAACCAUUUUUAACACCUUACUUUUUCUACGCGCCAUGACCAUGAUCCCGAAUAAUAUCCAUUUUAAUAAAAGGUACGAGUACAUUUCCACCGUGUGUUACUUCUUAGGGAAGAACAACAUAUUCUUUUGGCUCAUGCAAAUGUGCUACUACGCCAGCAUCUUGGCAAGCAACAUUAUAUCGAUCGUUAUAGUUUCCCACGCAAUGGAUUACAUAAUAAUAAAUACGGUCGGCUAUACGGUAGGGUUUACUCUGUACCCGAAUUUUCAAGUAAACUACUUCAUAGACAUAAGCCAGAUAUACUACAGUAAGAAUUAUGUGGUGUGCAUAACGGUGGGGUAUGUAAUCAAUGCGAUAAUAUCGAUAUAUUUCUCCCAGUCUAACUUGGAGGAUAAUAUGAAGAUACAGUUGUUUUCUUUCCUAUUUCUGAUGAGCACCAUUUUUCAAAUGAUCUACUUAAGUGGACUUAAAAUAUAUCGUUACAACGCCAGUGGGGCUAUAAUUAAUAAGGGCAUAAAAAAGUAUACUAAUAUAAAAUAUCCUACCGCCUUUGGAGACUUCAAUUUCAGACAACUUCUCUCCUCAUACAUUUCUUCCUACUCAGCAGUGACAGUUAUUCCAUGUUGGGCAAACGAAAUGAAAUCAGACGUAAAAAUUAUCAAAACUGUUUGGGUAUCCAAUCUUUUCUGUUGUUUUGUUUACUAUAUAUUUGGCUACAUGUUAUGUACAGCCUACCCUGAUAUUAAUAGUGAUAAUAUUUUGUACGAUAUUUUGCAAUAUCCUUUUAUAAACACUUAUAUGAAAAUCUGUAUAUACCUAUUUGAUUUGCUAACCAUUGCCCCGGGAAUAUAUGUCUACUGCAUUGCUACUCGAUACAACCUAAUCAAUAGUAAUAUUUGCUCUGAAAAAAUGGCUUUCAUUUUUGGAACCAUUUUCCCCUUUUUGAUUUCCUGUUUUUUUACCUCCAGGGAGAUUUUCGAAAAUGUCUUCACUUGGUCCAGCUUGAUUUUCUCCUAUGCCUGUAAUUUUAUCACCCCAUCUAUUAUAUAUCUCAUAGCUUGUAAGAACAUCCCUUACUCGGGGAAGAAUCCUCUCCACCAUAUGUUAGUCCUCUACGACCCCAAGGAGCACAAAAGGAAGAAGCCCCUUUAUGGUUUCUAUUACCCACGGGAUGCUGAGCAGGGGAAGAAGAUGACCACUUGGAACUCCUCCAAAGUAUGCAGCGAAGACAAACCAAGCAUUUAUGCAGCACAGUAUGACACACCAAGUAUGUUAUAUACUCCCCCAAGUGAAGCGCAAAAAUGCUUACUCCCGCUGCAGCAUAGCCAGAGGAGCUACGUCCAUUUGGGGGGGACCAACUAUAACGCUACCAAUGUGGGGGCAACAUACGGAACAGAUGCGAAAGAACCGAUGGUCUACACACAGGAAGAGGGAAAUAACCAAAUGUUCGCACCUGAGGGUGAUCUUCCUUACGAACACGUCCCUCACGGGGCGGAGAAAGCAAUGCGGAUACCCCCCUCAGACGACUUCAUAGUUCCAAUAAAAGGUCAACCCGGAGAAAACGCGCAGAUGCAAACAAAAAAGAGAAUCUCGUUACAGGUUAACAGCCAACCCACAGAGGUAACUACCGAUGGUACACAUAUCAUAGCGAGUACAGGGAUGCCCCCAAAUGAGCAGCGUUACCCAAGCAAAGAAGACGACCAAGAAAGGGAAAAAAAAUCGUGCGAAUUCCACCGUCGAAGGAAAAGGAGCACGGAGGAAUUCGAAUUUCGGAAGUGUAGCUCCCUCUUCAAUAUGAAGGCAAACAGCAUAAAUAAAAAUAACCUUCAGACGAAGCAAAGACUACCAAGCGAUGUGAGAAAAUCGAGGAAGCACAAAACGGUAAUGGGGUUUGAAAAUAAAAAAAACAAAAAAAUUUCCAUAAAAAAUGAGCAACAAGAAUCCUCGGACUAUUCAGACAUCACCGAUAGUGAACUUUUAAAUGAUAAAAUAAUAGCAGACCUGUCAAGAGACAUUUACAACGAUAUCAGAAUAAUCAAAAAGAACUACGAAAGGGAUGAGUACUUGAUUAAACAUUCGGACGUUUUUGAUUCCUUUCUAAAUUUGAAGCUCAUUCUGGAGGGCACCUCCGACGGGGAAAACGCGUACGAUAUGUGCGAUGUGCAAGACGUGUAUAACAUGCACAAUUUUUACAAUUUUGAAAACUCCGGGAAUGGACUCUCACUGGAGUUUACUGCGUCCAAUGGAGGGGAUCCAACCCACGGCAGUUUAGAGGUAACUGCCCACGCGUAUACCUAUGAUGUGAGUAACGCAAAGGAGGAAGGGCUGCCGUGUAGGAAUCAUCCAACUGUGGAUCAGCAAAUGUCAGAUAUGGAAGAGGGGGAACACUGGACGAAUGGUAAGCCGCUCCCAGGAAAGACAAAACAGUCGAAUGAUCAAACAGGAGAAGAAGAAAAACCAACCCAUUCGUACCAACAAAUUGGAACAAGAACUACACAAGUGGACACAAAAACAAGAGGAGAUAGCUCCGAAGGGGAAGAAAUGAAAGAAGUGCAAAUUGACAUGUCCUCAAAUGAUAUAUAUGAAGGACAAUUAAGUAAUGAUUUGAAGAACGAUUUUCACGUAUUCAUUAACGGAAUAAGUAAUAAGAAAAAUUUAACCUGGGCCUUUGAUGGAAAUAAAAAUGAAGGGAGACAAAAUGCUUCUCCAAAUAGUAAUAUCCAUGUGAAUGUGUCCAACGUGGAAAAAUUUUUCCAUUCAAAUGAUCCUAUAAGUUCCUCCUUCAAAAAAUCAAAAAGUGAUAUUUAUUCUUACUCCCUCAAUUUGUAUAAUAAUGGACAUGGCGGAGACGAUUAUGAGGAUGAAAUAAAUGGAAUGAUCCUUCUGAAGAAAUUACAUUCUCAGAGAAGCUGCCUUAUCAAGCAGAGAACGAGUGAAGAAAGUGUGCAGACCUUUUUGCAAACCAAAAGUGUCGACAAUUAUGCAAACCGCAAAUUCUUAUCUCUUCCCAAUGAAGAAAAGGUUCAUGUGCAUUUCGAACAGAUAAAUGAAUUGGAGGGAAUCAAAAAAUCGGGACAAAAUGACGCAAGUGAAGAUUCGCCACAAAAUUUUGAAACAAAUCAGGAAAUAGUUACCCCCAUGGGGAGCGCAAAUUACUCCCAAGUUGAUGCUACAUCUGAGGGAAGCAAUUUGAACAAGUAUGAAACGUUUCCCAAUUUAGUACACAAGAGAAAAAGGAUUUCACCAAAGAAUGGUGAUCAAGAUGGAUAUGCAGAGAAAGAAAAUUGCCAAUCGAAGGACAGAAUUUUGUACUUCCUAACUUCGUUCAAUCGAAAAAGUAAAAUGUACAAAGAUGUGAACACACUGUCCGUGCCGGAUAAUGUGUAUAAUGUGAUCCCCAAAAUUAACAAAGGAAAUGGACACAGCAACUUCGAUGAUACCAUAAACAACAUAUUCAACUAUUACAAGUACAACUUUUUGCUCUCCUUCAGUGAGAAAAAUAAGAAAAGGGGGACCAUUAGCAAAUAUAAACAUGCUAGAAAGGUUCACUGGGUGCACAGACACACCAAGGUGGAAGGAAGAGGCAGUCACCAAAGUGACCGUGAGCGUGGUAGUGACUUCCAAAAUGACGCCUGCGAUAGGGUGUACGCGCAAAGCAUCCAAGAGGGAAACACAAAUGACGACGUUGACUCCUACAGAGAUAACAACGUGGGGGAAAAAAAUAUGCCGAAAAAAACGUUCGCCCCUCCAAAUUCUAAGUUAAACUAUUUGAAAAAAUUUCAUGCUGAUGAAAAGACGGAGCCAUUACUUACCACUCACCAGAAGGAAAACCACUACGACGAAUUACCAACAAUUAAUUUGAUUUGUCCAGAGAAACCUUUGCAUGGAUAUGAGGAUGCUUACCAGAUUGAUGACUACGUCAAUGGAAAAAUUAAUGAAAAUAUUAUCCACGUCUACCCCUCUAGGUACCUACGAAUUAAGCAUGUAAAAAUUACUGAGGUGCUCCUAUUCGUUGCAGUGCUCCUGCUGCUCAUUUCAGUGUUGUAUGAUUUUUCCUACUAA